CUAAAUAAAAUUAGUUGCAAUGCGUUUUUCAUUAAGAGAAUCCAAGUCCAAAAGUAUCUCACUCAUACUAUUUGGCUACUCGGCCAUCUUCGUGAAUGUUUAGAAUUUCCCUGUCAUUGGUAUUAUUGAUUCGCAGUCGUUUGGAAUAGAUCUAGGCCUAGCUUAGUCUGCAAACUGCAAAGUGCUAAUACCCGCUGGAGUGGUACUGGUAGAGAACCGAAGAUGCUGUAACUAACGUGGCUUUAAAUUGUCCUGCAUUGCUGUAUGUUCUGUCUUGAGAGGGUCAUUGGGGGAGCAGGAUGGCUCUGCAGAAAUUCAAAUUCAAAUGGAUUGAGCACUUCAAUUCCAUUUGGGUUGAGGAAGACUGUGAAAGCUUGACCUUGAAGGAGGACCUCGAUGAGCUUUAUGAACGCCUCAUCACCAACAAGGAGAUUGUCCACAUACCCCCACAAGCUAUCUUUUUAAAGGGUUCAGUGCUGCCAGACUUCAGUUCUGCUUCUGAUGCUUUCAGUGUUGAUGAACAGGAACAUUUGCUUGAUUCCCUGUUGUCAAACCAGUUGUUCUUGGCAGAGGUUGUAAGCAGCAACACUCCAUUUGCUCAGGUUUUGUUAAAAAGGGUGCUAGUGCUCCAGAGGAUCUAUUAUGCGACAUCACAAAAGUAUCACGCCAUCCUUGAGACACCCGCAGUCUCCCAAGCUGCCUCCAAUGAAAGCAAAAAGGGCCAAGGGUCAGAGCAUUCGGAGAGCCUUUGUCCAUCUGGCAGCGAUGCCCUCAUCAAGAUUGGUGUCAAGACUGGCCUCAGCAUGCUGUUCUCUUUGUUCCACCAAAAUUGGGCACUGGCUGCAGCAUCUGGGCAGAUGUCUUCCUGCAACGAUGUCCUAGUCACAGCCUUGGAUGUUGUUUCUUCUUUGCCGCCAUUAUCCCUGGCAAAUGAGAACAAGCUCACAUCUCUUGGCACAGAGUCCCUGAAUGCAGUGACCCAGUUUCUCCGCUUGGCUGCCACUCCUCAGUCUGGGGCCGAUCUUAACGGUCAACAGUUGGCAUCGCAGCUGAUGCUGUCACUGGCUAUGCAGCGUGGUCUACUACAUCACUUGCUAGGUUGGGUUGACUUGGCUCUGCAUGCAUCUGCAACAGCUCAAGGAGAGCAGAAACGUGGGGCUGGGUCUAAGUAUGGAAGGCUCAGCACCACGUUUUUCAGGGCACUUUUAGCCCAAAUGAUUCAGAAGACGGGUGGUGCAACACGUGUUCCUAGAACGACACUCUCAAUUGAUGAAGAUGGAACCUCACCAAUGUAUGAGGCAGCCAUGUUUUUGAUGGAAGAGCUCCACUCAGCAGCAGAGGAGUAUACAAAUACUGGUAAUAGCCCUACGACAGGCUGCAGCUCUGGAACUGUGCCAGGCAGCCACAAGCCGGGACAGAGUCAUCCAUCAGAUGUCUACAUCUGGGGCAGUAACAGCAGUCACCAGCUGGCUGAGGGGAACCAGGAAAAAAUACUUACACCAAAACUGACAUCUAUCUUUGCUGAGUGUCAACAAGUGGAAGCUGGCCAGUUCUGCUCAUUCCUCCUGCACCCUGAUGGCAGUGUGAGUGCUUGUGGGAAGGGAAGCUAUGGCCGUCUGGGCCUUGGAGACUCCAAUAAUCAGACCACCCCUCGCAAACUAGCCUUUGACCCACCCAGGGUGGUGAAGAAGAUUUCAUCCUCCAAAGGGUCUGAUGGUCACACCUUGGCUCUUACCACAGAAGGAGAACUCUUCAGCUGGGGAGAUGGUGAUUAUGGUAAGCUGGGUUUGGGUGGAAACCACACACAAAAGUUCCCAAAAAUUAUCCAAGGUCCACUAGCUCAAAAGGUGGUGAAGUGCAUGUCAGCUGGCUAUAGACAUAGUGCUGCUGUUACAGUGGAUGGAGAGUUGUACACUUGGGGUGAAGGGGAUUACAUGCGAUUAGGCCACGGGGACAAAACCUCCCGAAAUUUACCAAAGCAAGUGAAGGAGAUUGGCCCAGUGGGUCAAGUGGCUUGUGGCAGCUCUCACACAUUGGCCCUGUCUCAGGACGGGAAGACAGUCUGGUCUUUUGGAGGAGGGGACAGUGGUAAACUUGGUCACGGAGACACAAACCGUCAAGCAAAACCUGCUGUUAUUGAGGCAUUGCGUGGUCUUUACGUGAGGAAAGUUGCCUGCAGUAGCCAGUCUUCUCUUGCUUUGACCUCCACUGGACAGGUGUAUGCUUGGGGCUGUGGCUCUUGCUUAGGGUUUGGGUCUGCUGAUUUCACGGCAAUGACCCCAAAGCUGAUUGAAGACCUCCAGGGCACUCGCAUCAUGGACAUCACCUGUGGUGACAGUCACUGCCUUGCAUUGUCUCAUGACAAUGAAGUGUUUGCCUGGGGCAACAAUGCCAUGGGUCAAUGUGGCCAAGGUCAUGCUCAGAGUCCGGUGACCAGACCCCGCAAGGUCAUUGGUUUAGAAGGAGCACACAUUCAGCAAAUUUCUGCUGGAACUUCACACAGUGUGGCAAUCACAGCCCUACCCUAUGACAGGCAAGUUAUCGCAUGGCAUCGCCCUUUCUGUGUAGAUCUUCAAGAGGCAACGUUUGCUGUCCUCAACACAUUCCUGGAACGCUACUGUGAUGGUUUUGAUGCUGAGGAACCUCCCUUGCCUUUUGCUAGUCAUGUGCAACACCAACAGUUUGUCCUGCUGUGCCUGCGCCUGUUGUCCUCUCACCUGUCACUGGCUCUGACAUGUGGUCUGGGCAGUGAAGUGCUUGGUAGCCAGACUAAGCCUCUGAGGAAUCUGUUGUUCAGACUCGUAGAUACCAACACACCCGAACCCAUCCAAAAAGCUGUGGCCGAGACAUUGUCAAUAGGAGCUUCGCUUCUCCUCCCACCGCUACGCGAAAGAAUGGAAUUGCUGCAUUCUUUGUUACCCCAAGGGCCUGGCUGCUGGGAGUCGCUGACCAGGGGACAGCGCAUGCAGCUCGGCAUCAUCUUGACAAGCUUGCAGGACAAUCAACACAUAGCCGCCCUGCUGGGCCUGGCACAGAAUCAGCCGUCCGACUUUCCCGCUGAGACUGGUGGCGAUGCAGCCUUUGAUCUCCAGCUGGCUGAGCUGCUCAUGAAGACAAUCCUCAGGAACCUGGCUGCUCACACGGAAGGGGUCCUGAAUGAAUUCAGCUCAGAAGGCACACCCAAGUCCAGUGUGAAUGCAGAAUCCUCACCACCUGCCAAUCUUCAUUUGCUUUUGUCAUCUUUGCAAAAACAUUUGUUGGCCUACUGCUAUAACAAAUCGUUCUCAGAUUCAAAGCUACCAGUUGUGGUGAAGCACCUCCAUCAGCACCUGCUUCUGUUCCUGCCGGUGUGUGGAGACAUCAUCAGUCAUACUGCUUCCAUCAUCUCAACCUCUAACCUUGGAGAGGAUGUCCUUGAUCAGAUUGAAGAUGUGGUAUUCCAGUCACCAGCUGGCCGUAUGUUGAGUCACAUGCUGAAUGCGGUUCUGGUGUUGCCCCUGAGCCUGGUCAUGCCGGUGCUGCAUCAGAUACUCACUCUUUUGCCUUUGCUGGACAGACUCUGCAAGCUCCUGCCUGGUGCACGGGCCCUUGAAGACUCGGAACUAGAGUUUCAUAAAAGUGGAGGCCCAGAGGAGAGCCAGCCCCAGUGGUCCUGGCUGGUUGACCUGGAGAGGACCUGUGGUCUGGUGGUUGGCAGCUGCAUCGGCGGCAUGCUUCAUGGUCCCCCACAGGCUCCGUGCGAGAUGCACUUUGAGAUCUGGCUGAACUGUCCACUAUUCAGCAAUGGACUUAUCUCUUCGGUUCCACUCAAAAAAAUCACGUCUUUAGUGUCGGAGAUGACAGUGGAAAGCCCAGAGUCUUUGUCAAGUCUGUUUCGGGAACCUGAGCUGGAUGUAGAGACCAGAGGUCUCCUGGACAUGGCCCUAGGUGUUCACAAUGAUACUAACAGUCAUCUGCUUGCCAUGAUGCAGGAUUAUGCUUUACAUCAAGACUUGAAUACCUGUGAACUGAAAGAAGAAAAAUGGCUUGAUCUAGUGACCAAAUUUUUUCUGGCAGCUUUACUGAAGCACACAAACUUAUGGAAGCAAAUUCGGGAACAUGAUUGGCCAACUAGACAGCUGGAGUCCAUCUUUCUGACAGUGUACAAACUCAGAAGUGUGCUGGUGUCUUUCCGAGGUAGAGGCAGUGAAGAAGACUCUGACAAAACCAUUGUGGGUCAGAGGUCAGCGGACUUGAGACUUGAGCAGACUGCCAAUGAAGUCAGAGAGGAAGAAAUGGCCUCGGAGAGUCCAGAUCAGUCUAGAGAAGUGAAUCUGUUGUAUGAGAGCAUGGACCACGACUCGGACCAUGAGCAUCAUGAGACGGAUGGUGAGGAAGAAGGCCAAGAUCAUUCUCGGGGCUCUACAACAGAGAAAAAGUCUGAACUGUCAUAUGAAGAAAUCUGUUACAAGAAUCUGGAAAAAUGUAUCUUUCUUCUGCUAUGUGUUCGGCCACCACUGUCUGGUGAAUCAUCUGAUCUUCUCCAGAGCUCACGGAACGGAACUGAGGAAUUGGCAGUGGGAAGAAGAGAUGCUUCUGAUGUUUCCCCUAGAAGACAGUUAACCAGGCAAGGAAGCUUGCCAGACAUUCCAUCAGAUACCCAGGAUGAUCACAACUUGGGUCUUAGAGAAGGUUUAGCUACCCCAACACUCAACCCCUUCAAUCCUCAACAUCAGCUUGGUCCCAACCUGAACUCACUGCAAAAGGUAAAAGAGAUGCUGAGGCGGCUACGCUGGCGUCAGGAAAGGAUGGAUGCUAUGGAGCCGGGACAGGGCUGGGGAACACAGCCACAGAGCAACAUGCCUGAGAACAGACUCACAACAGACAUGCUUAGCUUCUUGUGUGGCGAGCACAGAAACAACUACGCUGAUUCCCUUGACAUAGAGCAGUUGGUGAAAGCCAUGGAAAUACAGCAGGAAAGAGCUGAGUCUCGCCUGUAUGCUUUGAAUCAAAUCAUUGAGCUGCUGAGCACAGGCAAGGGCAAAGAUGAGCCUUCGGCCAGCACCAGCUCACCCACCACCACACUGCUCAACUCGGUCCACUUGCAGCUGCUGGCUGGGUGCUUUGGUCUGCUGGUGCUCAGGUCUGAGUACACUAGUGUGUCACACCAACUUUAUCAUUACCAGGAUGGUAUUAAAGCUGCAUCUGCUCAGACUCAACAAGAAAUUCAACUGGUAGUGCACAGAAUCUAUGAAGUCCUUGUGGUCUCACUGAUUGAAAUGAUGAAAAUGGAAAAGAUUGGUGAACACACCAAGCAGCAUCUGAUGCUCUCUUCCAUCCUGGCCCUGAGUGUUAAGUACAAGCCGGUGGAUGUGUCUCUGACUGUGUCAUGUGGUCUGCCGCCCAUCCUGCUGGAUCUUUGUGCAGACAGCAGCCUGCUCACCCCGCACACUCUGCCCCCGGUGUCCACACAGCUGGAGUCUUCUCACCUCUCCACCAUUCUGGAAGUGUCCAGCGUACGCUUGCUGCAGAUCAUCGCAGUCACUGUUGGCACUUAUGCUGACCGACUCAGUACAGGUGUUGUUCAAUCAGUCAUUGAAUUGCUUUGGAAACAGUUGGACAGGCUUUUGCAGCUUAACAGUGCCUCAGAGUGGCAAAACUCUCAGAAGACUCAGGUGAGGAUGUCGGCUGUGGCUGACUUUUUGGUGUUUCUGCGUCAUGUGAUGGCGACCAGGACAGUACAGCGGAAGCUAACAGAAUGGCGCUGGGUGCACUGCCUCAUCAGACUAGCCUGUGGACAAGACAGGGAUGGCCACUCAUGUUUUGACAGUUUGAGGGUGCAAAUAUUAGCCCUUCAGCUCCUGGCUACUGUGAUGCCUGCACUAGAUUUACAGGAGGAAAAAGAGUACAAGACAAAAGUGGUGGAUCUGCUGUUCUCCAGCAUGGCCAACAUGAUGUGGAGCAUACCUAUUUCUCAAGCAGUUACCUCGGCAGAACGUUGUCGGACCCUGUUAUUCACCCAGAUGGAUCCCUUCAGAGGGAAGGCAGUCGGAGGAGGAAGGCACGGGGCAGAUGCCCACCCCAAAGGGAGCUCUUCAGUCCCAGCUUCCUCUCCCUCAUCGUCAGAGCCAGGCCUACCAACCUGUGGUCUACCAUCUCCAGAGAGUGUGGUCAUCCAGAGUGCCGUGUUCGACGUGGACCGCUGUGUGGCUUGUUCUGUGGAAGCUGGUCACACUUUGGUGCAUGGCUCAGGGGGGAGAGGCUAUGGGCUGGGCAGCACUGUCAUGACCUCGGGUUGCUACCAGUGGAAGUUCCUGAUUGUACGUGAGAACAGAGGGAAUGAAGGCACAUGUGUCGGAGUUUCUAAAUUCCCUGUUCGGGACUGCGGCCACCGCACCACAGGGGACAUGUGGUUGUACCGCGCCUACAGUGGGAAUCUGUAUCACAAUGGUGAGACCAGCUCUGCCCUGUCCAGCUUCACCCAGGGUGACUACAUCACUGUUAUACUGGACAUGGAUGCUCGCACUCUCGCCUUUGCCAAGAAUGCAGAAGAGCCAAGACUUGCCUUUGAAGAUGUUGAUGCGUCUGAGCUAUAUCCCUGUGUGACCUUCUAUAGCAGCAGCCCUGGAGAAAAGGUCAAACUGACAGACAUGCACUUGCGUGAGAGCCCCCGGGAGUUGCUGGCUGGCUCCCCUGUGUGUGCUCCGGCUGUCGCUGUCAUGGCAGAAGCUAGUGUGGGUUUGGUGCGCAGCCUGCAGGCCACACCUGCUUGGGCCUCCACCAUUAGUGAACACAUGUGCUCAGCCCUCAAUGCCUUACACACUUGGCUCGACGAAAUGCAACAGGAGCAACAGCAGAGACAACAGCAACAGCAGCAAUGUAGUGGAAGCUCCGAGGCAAAGAGUGGCGAGGGCAAAGUUGAAAGGGAAGAGGAUCUGGAAGGAUCCAGUAGUAGGGAUGUGAACAAACAAGAGGAACAGAAUGAGCCUGAAGUGGGUCAUAAAGAUGGCAAGAGAGCCUCUGAGGAUAAGAAAAAGGAAUCUACUAAGAAAAGCAAACAUGAGAAGAAAAGCAGCAAAGAUAGUGGAUACUUUGCCUGUUCAGUGGAUACAAGCAAGCUGGAGCUCAUCUGCCAACAGAUCUGGCCAUGUCUGGCUGUCAUGGGUGGUGUUGACCAUGGGCUGAGGAUAGGAGGCCGUUGUGUACACAAGAUCUCAGGAAAAAAGGGAAUUAUCCUGGGCCUGCCACGAGAGGCAGCUAUUACUGCCAAAGUGCAGUGGGAGGAAGGGGACAGCACAGUCAGUGACACUAUCCUUUCCAACUUGGAACCACUAGAGGCUCCGAGUUUUGAUGUGACCACGGUGGCUAGUUUCAAGGCCCAUCAUUUAGAUGCCCUGGUGCGACUGGCAUUUCUCAAGGAUUAUCGGGGUCGCUCAGACAGCAGCUCCUCUACCGUUCGCAGUCAGGAUGUGGAGAAACCUCAGCACUCCCAGGAGUCAGAAGAGGCAGCUGCAGCUCGGAUGAAAGAAAAGUCUGACCAACUGAUGAUGGAACUUGACAGAGAUAUCAUUGCGGCGAUGGUGGAGGAAGACUAUUACACUUUGAACCACAAUGCAGACAAGAAAACCACGGUGGAUGAGGUGAGCAGGCCAAGCUUGCGACACUCAGCCAUGGCUUCUGAGGCUCCAGCCGCCAUAAGCAGGGCUGGGGGAAUGCGUCGAGAGAUGCGAGCCAUGAGCGUGGAUUCAGCAGACAGUGUUCUGGAGACAGAGACUCCAUUGCUGGCUGCUCGUCUAGGCACUUCCAUCAGCAGCUCAGAGAUGAAUGUCAACUCUGAACUGGAUAAACUGGCUCAGUUAGGGAGCCAACCUUUGCUCUCAGGGCCUUCUACGUCCAAACCGGAAACUUUACCAAAUGACCGCUUGGAGCAAGAUGAGGCAAGUGCUCCUGGGACUAGUGGCAUGGACUUUUCGUCAGAGCUACUGAACAUGUCAGCUCUUCCAGAUACUUCUGAAGCAAAACCAGAGUCAGUGUCUGCAGAUAAUGAGCAUCAUCACAGGCUGCCUGCUCAUGGCCACCCUAUCAAUCUUCCCAUUUUUGAAACACCUGCUCCUACAUUGGAGGAAUUCAACAGGGAGAGAGAGAUCCACACUCUUCGCCUGGCAGCGCUCCAGUUUUCAGCUGUGAAAGCACUUUCGUCACUUGCGUCUUGUGAGAAAUUUGCAGAGCUUCUUUUAGUGCCUAGGUCCAGCCCUCGCGACUCCUCUGCAGACAAGCAGUUGUUUGAGAACUUGACCUUCCACAAAGAUGACGCCAUGAAGUCAGCCCUGAGACAAAUGAUGAGGCUGUUUGUGGCUCGUUCCACUUUCCCGUCUCCUUUCCGUCGUGCUGUACCCCUUGCUGAGUUGGAGCGGGCCUUCAACGUACUGCACAAUUCUAUCAUCCAUGCCCUUGCUGAGGAGAAACUUGGAAUCGCUCUUUUGGAAGACCGAGUGUCCAAACAUGCUGCCAGCAACAAGAGAGGUCCAGACAACCGAUCGGCUGAAGGUGCCAUGGGUAGGCCCAAGAAGUUACAGAUACCAGACUCUCAUCCUCUCAGUGGUCUGGGCAUGCUGCGGUCCAAUGACUCCAGUGAUUCAGUAUCGUCUGUUAGUGGGGCCACCCACCAAACUUCUAUUCUACAGUACAUGCGCACAAGCUCAAGUGCUGAAGACAUGCGAGGGUUCACGAGGCGCAUGUUUAAUGCACUGAAGCCUAGUGGAGCUCCAGUAAUCUGCACCUCCACACCCAUCCCUCCACGCAGACCUCAACCACCUAACCCAAUCAGAUCAAGGUCUCCUUCCCCACCCCCUCCCCCUAUAGUCACACCACUGCUGGAGAUGGGUUUUGGGCUUCGGCACAUCAAGCAAGCUCUCUCUGCAACGGGCGUGGCUGGUCUCGAGGUAUCCGCACGGUCCACCAAUGUGCUGGCCACCUGGAUGUUGGAGCAUCCGAUGGAGUUGGAGCACGAGACAGAUCCACCUUACCUUAGGAAUGAUCCUGAUGGGGGAAUACUGGACGCCAUAGCCCCUUUCAACUUGUUUGCUGACUCUGCUGGAGUUGAUUCUCUUGCAUCUGACAGAGAGAUGGCAAUCGAGGCUCUGUCUUUGCGUUUAGACGGCCUGAUGCUCAGCGAGGACUCUGAUGAAGAAAUAGAGGAGUUUGACGAGCUUCCGAGACCCAGUCUGUCUAGACGGCCCAGACGGUUGACUCGAGGGAGACAUGUAGACAUCCGCAGUUUUCUCACUGCUGCAGCUAGAGACAGACGUGGAAAUCGGCCAGAGCGUAGGCAAGAAGUGGGUGAGGCCCGGCCAAUGUUUGAGCUCUAUGACAACUUUGACCUGCAAGAGGACUUCUACUCAGAGGAUGGCCUAGACUUUGAUGAAAACCUUACCAGUGACCCAGCUCGGGAUGCUGCUAAGGUUAUGACUGCAAUUCGUCGGCGACUAGAGCAGAGCACAUCAGUGAAGUGUGAGAUUUGCAGCCUGGAGGUGCGAAACUUCAACCUGCAUAUGAAAACUGCUCACCCAGGUUGUGGGGCCAGCAGUCGUGGCUACGGUUAUCGCAGCUUGGGCUACUAUGACAGUGGUUGGUUUGAUGGUACCUGUGGCACCGGCAACCCGUUUUACUUGAUGUGCCAGGGCUGUAGAGAGAAGUACCUCCAGGUCAAUCAGGACCAGUUGUCAGCACACGCAAGUUCUUCAACGGGAGCGUCGUUUGAGAGAACCCCUCUAGGUCAUUCAGCCUCUGGAUUGGCUGCUCCAGAUCUGCUUGGUGCUGCUGAGAGCAAACAAGAUGAUGAAACCCCCAUUUUGCUGGAAGAAGAGCCUGUGGGGUCCAUGGACCACCAGAAGCUGUUGCCUCGUCUGGGUCUGACUGAACACAAACCUACACCAGACCCUGUGCGCUUCCCUGAAACAGAUCCACUGGGCUCCCGCGGCUUCAGCACCACCAGUGGUGAUGCCACGCCCAGUCCAUCUUCUAUACCUGCUUCUAUGUCAAGUCUGGGUAGUCGAUCCAACCCAGAUGUUUCUUCAUACUUAUCCAUCUCCAACAUGUACCUGAUGGGAGUGACUCAGGGAGCCAUGCCAAAGAGUGUCAAGUGUGAGGUGAAGCCGCGCAGCCUCGGGGAGCAAGCAUCCAACCUCAGCAAGAUGGGGGAGAAAGUAGUGGCUCUCCGCAGCUGUGUCAGUGCCGCUCAGACGUUGGUAGCCCGGGCUGUCAGUAUGCGGAUGCUCUCUUUUUUGGCUCGGAGUAGUCAAGCGUGCAGUUUGUCUGCUGCUUUGGAGCAGAUUGGCCUAGCAGAUAUCAUGCAGAUAGUGCGACUCAUGUCCCUGUGUGCUUCCGGCAAGAUGGAAUUGUCUGGCUGCAGCUCAAGAAGUGAUGAGUCCUCCUUGCAUCUAAAGCAUCUGACAGCUGCCAUUGGUGCUUUGAUAGAGGAGAACCCUGCUGCCCUGAAGCAAUUGAUACAGCUGUGUACUCAGGAGCUGAUGAUGGCUUCCAUGGGCAUGAGUGCAGGCGCUGCGGAGGAGCAUGGCAGCCAUCGCUCGCCCGCAGCAGCAGGUCGUGGCACAGACUCAGCUGCUUUUGCCGUGACUCAGGCUCUGGUGUCUCUUCUAGCCCAGAAAGGCUUUAACUACAGGCUACUCCAGGCGCAGCUCUCUGCAGAAAAAGUGUCAGCUCAGCACAAGUCCCCAGCCACAGACCUGAGCAAGUGCUCCCACCUACAGAUGAUUAACGCUUUGUCUGCUUGUGUCAUCUCUGCACGCAUGCCUCCUCACCACCGACAGUGGUCUGCCAAACAACUUGUCCGCGCUCUUUCAGUGUAUGGACACCAGAUGUCUUCUGGCUCUGACAACCAAGUAGACUUGGGAGGGGACAUGCCCACCUGCUCCAUUGUCAAGCUCGAGGGACACCAGAACAGGCUCAAUGGCUGCUGGUGGAGUGCACGCAAAGGGCUCCUGGCCUCAAGUGGCUACGAUGGGACUGUCCGUGUGUGGAGUCUUCCCAACAAAACUCACCAGUUCUUGCAACAGACCUGCAUCUUUAACCGCGGUAGUGAGACAAGUGUGGAGGAGCUGGACGGUAACCAGAUCAGUCACGUGUGUUGGAGCAGCACAGGAAAACUUUUAGCUGGCAGCAUGGGCAAUCUCGUCAAUGUGUGGAUGAUUGGAGGAGGUCGAGGUCACCUUAUAGAACAGAGCCAGUGGGUGACAGCCUUGGCCUGGCCUGGCAGUAAAGGCAUGUUUGAAGGCCGGAUCGGUGUGGUGGGAGAUACACUGCUUGUGGGUCGCCUGGAUGGCACCAUGGGCAUGGUGGACAUAAUUGACAGCUCCACUUACAGGUGCUUUGAGAUGGAGCACUGCCGUCGUCGCAAUGUGUCGGUGACCAGCAUUGUGUGGUAUGAGGAAGAUCACCGUUUUGCUGUGUCUUACAGUGAUGGAGUUAUCUCACUGUGCAGCCGAGAAGAUUUUGAGCAGCCUUUGAAUGUAGAUGCCCACAAGAGCUCCAUUUCGCUCCUGAGCUGGGACCCAACGGGCAAAUUACUGGCCAGUAGUGCCAUGGGGGAGACAGACCUUCGCGUGUGGAUCACAGCCGGGGAGGAGGGGCUCUCAGCUUGGGACUCGCUGCCACAUGCUGCUGCUGUCUCUGACUUCAGAUGGUGCAACAUGUGGGGCUUGGGCUCCGAGAAACGCCUCAUGCUAGCCAGUGGCUGUGAGAAUGGUGUUGUCUACCUAUGGACAGUUAUACAGCCAACUUCAAGCUCAUCCCCACUGAAGCCACAGUCUCUCCAUGAGUCCACGUCUCAUAAUGAAGAUGAGCCAGUGCCCAACGAAACUCAGAAGCCGAGUCAGUUGAAGAGAAAGCCAGAGAUGACUCUCUGUGGUCACAUAGCUCCUAUCUCUGCCUUAGCUUUCAGCCCUGAUGGCCUUAUGCUGGCAAGUGGCUGUUCCAAAGGCUGGCUCAACAUCUGGUCCAUACAGGACAAGUGUCUGCUGCAGACGUAUACAGGCAUGGGCAACGUGAGGACCCUUGAGUGGUUUGCCGAGCGUUGCAUGGCUGCAUCGUUCAGUCGCUGCAAGGAUGUUGUUAUCUUGAACUACUCCUCGGAGCUGUUCCACACCAACCGUGUGCUGGCCUUGGCUCGCAAGUCUCUCAAACAGCAGGGCAUCAUGGGGCUGAAUCAGGCCAAGUGCUUCCUCAGCCUGCUGCAGCGUCUGCCCGCCAUGUUGCAAGAACAGUAUCAACUUGAAAAGACCCAGGUGUCAUCUGGUGACCAACUGCAGCACAGCCAGUAUCUGCAGUGCCUCACGUCUAUGGCUGUCAGUCUUCAGUUGGACUCUGCUCUUUGUUUCUCCCCUGUCCCCUGGCACCAUCGCAAUUCCCAGGCUGGGAGUGAGCACAUAGUGAAAGAGUGGCAGUGGCUGCUGUCCUAUUCAUGUGCCAUCAAGUCCGCUGAUGCUCUGCUUCGUCGGCAACAACUACCUCCAACCUUCAGGCUUCUCAACAAAGAGAAGAUUGAGGAGUCUGUACAAAGAAUUGUCUAUGACAACAAAAAGUGGGAUCUCACAAUGGAUGGCCAAAUCAUGUCAUGGGCCACACAGCAACCAGAGGACUGGCAGAGUGGAGGAAGGUGCGAAUCAUUUAUGUGGGGCAGUGGCCGUCAUGGUCAGAUCUGUGAAGGUGGCCGAGUAGCUUUGCUGCCUGUCAAAGUGUCAUCCCUAUCCAAUGCUCAACAGAUCAUAUGUGGUCAGAACUGCACAUUCAUUGUCAUGCCCAAUGGGACUCUCAUGUCCUGUGGAGAAGGCAGCUAUGGGCGAUUGGGACAGGGCAACUCUGAUGACAUCCACACUCCCACUGCUAUAUCAGGCCUGCAAGGGUUUGUGGUGAUCCAAGUGUCGACGUCCGCCGGCUCUGACGGCCACAGCCUAGCUCUGACUGAGAGCGGAGAGGUGUUCAGCUGGGGAGAUGGGGAUUAUGGCAAGCUGGGUCACAACAACAGCGAGCGACACAAGCGGCCUAAACAAAUUGAGGCCCUGGUGGGGGAGGAAGUCACACAGGUAUCUUGUGGAUUCAAGCACAGCGCUGUAGUCACAUCUGAUGGGAAGCUGUUUACAUUUGGCAAUGGUGACUAUGGAAGACUGGGACAUGGCUCCACAGCCAACAAAAAGGUUCCAGAGAGAGUCAUGGCUUUGGAGUCCUUCCAAGUUGGGAUGGUGGCUUGUGGCUUGAACCAUACCCUGUGUAUGUCAGCUGAUGGCGGUAUUGUCUGGGCCUUUGGGGAUGGUGACUACGGGAAGCUGGGACUAGGCAACAGCUCUCCCAAGUCUGUGCCCACGAAGAUUGAUUUGCUGAAAGAUUUCAUCAUAAAAAAGAUAGCCUGUGGGACACAGUUUUCUGUUGCCCUGACAUCUGAUGGCCGUGUUUAUACGUGGGGCCAAGACCGCAUGAUUGGUCAAGGUGAGACUCUAGCAGUAAGUCACUGGCGGCCCGAACAGGUGAUGCCUCUGGCGGGGCAUUUCAUCGAGGACAUUGCGGCCGGGGCAGAACACUGCUUGGCUUUGGCCGUGACCGGCGAGGUUUGGGGCUGGGGCAUCAACACAGAUGGCCAGCUGGGCUUGGGACACACAAACUCACCCAUCAAGGAUCCAACUCUCAUUCCAAAUCUCACCAAAAUGAAUAUCAAACAGAUAUCGGCGGGAAGGAGUCAUUGUGCUGCCUGGUCUUUCCCGCUCCCUCCCAAGAGAAUGCCUGGGGUGCCGGCCCCACUGCAGCUGGGUGUGCCCGAGUGUAUUCCCCCUCAGUACACAAGCCUGCAUACAAUGCCACUGGAUGCUGUUCGUGGCCGUUUGAUUCUUUUACACCAUUUCAGUGACCUGGUCUACUCUUCCUGGAGGCUGCUUCAUCUGGUACCCAAAUGUGAUUCUGGUUCCAACGAGUCUGAGGUUCCAGGAAUUUGUGAUGGCCCACUGCGCCCGCUUCUGUCUCCCCGAGUCUACACCCUGCCCAUGGUACGGGCCAUCAGCAAGACCAUGAUACAGAGCAAGAACUGUGGGCCCCAGAUUACUGUCAAACGCCUCUCUACCAGAGGCAAGAAAUGCCGUCCAGUGUACAACCAGAUUGCACAACAAGUGGUGGCUCUGAAGCCUGAAGACCUUAGGCUGCCAGCACGUGCCUGGAAGGUCAAGCUCAUUGGGGAAGGGGCUGAUGAUGCAGGAGGAGUGUUUGAUGACACCAUCACAGAAAUGUGCCAGGAACUUGAGUCUGGAGUUGUUCCUCUUCUUAUACCAACUCCAAAUGCAAAGAAUGAGUCUGGAAACAACAGAGACAGGUACCUUCUGAAUCCAUCAUUGUCUGCCGAAGAUCAUCCUGCCCUCUUCAAGUUUCUGGGUAUUCUGUUUGGUGUGGCUGUACGCACCAAGAAGCCCUUAGAUCUCCAUCUAGCUCCAUGUAUUUGGAAACUCAUUGCCGGUAUGCCUCUCAAGGUGGACGAUCUGGAAGAGGUUGACCAUUUGUACAUCCAGAGUCUAAGAGGAAUAAUAGAUAUUCAUGAGAGUGGCAUAAAUGAAACAAACUUUCAUGAGUUCAUUCCCAUCGACACAUUUGAGGGUCAGAGUUCUAGUGGCCACAUGGUACCAGUAGUGGCUGGUGGGCAGAGCCUGGCUGUUCAUUUCCACAACCGAGUGGAGUACGUGGACUCUGUCUUCCACCAUCGCCUGCAUGAGUGGGACAAACAGGUUGCCCUGAUUCGUGAGGGCAUGUCGGGCAUUAUCCCUGUGCCUCUUCUUACACUCCUCACUGCCCAAGCUUUGGAGCGACUGGUCUGUGGGACUGAUGAGGUCAACAUUGAUGUUCUACAGAAGGUUGUCAGAUACCGUGGCAUUGAUGAGAAUCAUGUGCUUGUCAGAUGGUUUUGGUCAGUGUUAGAGUCCUUCACAAAUGAGGAACGUAUACAGUUUUUGAGGUUCAUCUCAGGAAGGACUAGGCUGCCUAGUAACCCUGCAGAUAUUACCCAGCGCUUUCAGAUUAUGACAUCAGAUCGGGGCAGAGACAGUCUCCCGACCUCCCAGACAUGUUUUUUCCAACUCCGCCUUCCGGCGUACAGCAGUCAGUCGGCCAUGGCCAGCAAGCUGCGCUAUGCCAUCAACCACUGUCGCUCCAUUGAUAUGGACAACUACAUGCUAGUGCGUAACACUGAGGCUAGCCAGGACUCUGAUGAUGAAAUUGUGUAGGAAGAUCAAGUCCUUUCCUGAAACAGGAAUGACUAAAUAACUGCUUUGCAAACGUGCAUUUGGUCUCAAUCUGAGCCAUGUGUUUCAGUGGCACCAUUCAGGCAGAUGUUCCUAGAUUUUCAAAAAGUCUGUUUGUACCAAGGGUGGUGAAAUAUAUUCAAGUUUGUUCCAUGAUAGUUCAGCACAUGAUUCUAAAUUUGGCUUUUUGCUUUUUUGUAGAAUUGAUAAAUAUAACAAAUUUAAUAGAUUUACGCUUUUCAAAAAAGAAUUUCUGCUAGCUUGAAAGUUGUUGCAUAUCAGUCACUUCUGUGUCGCUUGGCAGUUCUUUUAAGUUCCUGUCCUGGUCCUUCUUUUCAAUCAAUAUGUACAUUUAUAUGUUUUCUGUGAAAACAGUAGUGAGAGUCUCAAAUUAUUUUUAUCUUUUUAAGUUGAUAUCAGUAGCUGUAUAGUUCAACGCUGCAAUGGGGACGCUGGACGAACAAAUAGAAGACUCAUCACUGACGUGUGCUCAGUUGGUGGUGUGAUUAAACGAGUGCAAUGUUUUGUAACUUACUAUCUCUUCUCGGUGUCAACACUCACCCAAUCUGCCUGUAGAUACCUUGCUGUGGUCAUUGUCAUUUGUAAACAGAGAUGUGGCCACAUCUUUAUUUUAUUUGUUUCUUGUUAAGUUAAUUUUAAAAAGCCACUGCUGGAUGUACUUCUCUUUGUUGCGUUAUAAAACAUGACUGUCUAUUUUGUCUCCUUUUUUAAGAAUGAUACGAAUAUCUAUAUUUUGAUCACUAUCUUAUCAGUUCAUACAUACUUGCCACUAGACUCAUGCUCACUUUUGCUUAGUGUUGGCCUUUCCCUUCCCCUUCCUGUGCAGUGGGCAACUUUAGGUAUUGUUUUUCUGAAAGGGGGAGGGUUUUGCUCAUUUCUGCUUCCUUGGUAAUUGAGAUCAAUGCCUCAAUGCCUAGUCUUCUUGGAUAAGUAUAUAUGAAAACUUGUCCUGUUUAUAUGUUGCUCUUGACCAAAAACAACUUUGCUGGUUGAGAGUCAAAGAAAAGAAAAGAGUUGGUGAGUUAAGGCUACUGCCUGAUAAUUUCUGUCUUUAAGACUAAAGAGAUUUCAGUGUGAAUCAUGUUUGAUAUGUUUGAAAAAUAACAUGUUUAUUUGAAAGGCAAGGGACACUGUGAAAGUAAAACAAUGAUAUGCAUAAAUAUGUGUUAAAUUUUGAAUUGAAAUCUCUACGGUCGACUGCCCAUGGGAUUUGUCUGGGUAUUGAAGAAGAAAUCUGGUAGUUCUGACCUGAACAGUGAUUUACUCCUGCAAUAGCUCUGUUAUAGCGACACCAGUGAUGGACAUAUGAUAUUUUAACUUCAUCAUUAAUAAACGAAGACUGGGCCUUUCAUCAGAAUUAGCUUAUCUUAUAUAUUUUUGUUUUCAUGUUGACCUUCAAAGUCUAGGAAAAUAAACAGUAUUUUAUUGUUUCAGCAUCGAUGUCUUAUCGAGUGCCAAUUAGAUGACUGUAUUUUAUGCGGUUUCACAUGGUGCUCAGUAAGCAAUUAGCGCUAGAAAAGAUAUUCUAUAGUCUGUACCAUGUGUGCCUGGCUGUAUGUAUAUCUGCAUGUAUAUAUGUAGACAAUAUGACCCAUGUUUUAUUUUUGCUUCCAAUGAUGUGUUGAAUUCAAUUCAAUAUAACUUAUUCAUUGAGAACUGAGCAGUUGAAUGGGAAUGCCAUAUUCCUUGGCUGGGCAAUGCCCUGGCUUAUCAUUGUGUUAUUUUGAUUUUUAUUUACAACAGUAUACACUUGCUUGUGAUAAUUUAGAUGUGAAAGAAUGAAGGUUGUGUGUGGAGCUGUCUGAGCCUUCGUAAAUGAGUAAGACGCCAAAAAAAAGCAAGAGGGUUGUUUUGUAUUUCCUUUCUCUUGAGGUGUUGUUUCUUUCCCGUCCUUAUGUUGUUCCUAUUUAUAAACAUAGACAUUAAUUUGGGUAUGAGAAUGGGUUAAACUUAUCAUUGAUAAAAGGUGCCAAAUGUCCUGCAUUUUGAUCCUCAUGAAAUGCAAGUUGACAACAUUUGUUUUCUGCACUUUUUUCUUUUUUUUGGUUCUCAUCUGUUGUCCUGUCCAGCAACCAAAGGCUUUACCAGGGGACUAUCCACAUCUGUCUUAGGCUCAGCUAAAUUUUGUUUUCAACAUCCUGCUUUUCUUGUCCCGUAUCUGUUUUUCAAUCUGAUGGUAACCAUGGCGUAGUGGGAGGAAUGUUUUGUGUCUGCAAGGCAGGACAGAGUAAAUAACAUGUUUCUGCAAUUAACAUUUUCUUAAACAAAGCUGAAGAGUAAAAUGCUCAAAACUCAAUUUUGAAUGAAAGAUUUCUGAUUUUUAUAAUACCAUGUAGUAAUCCUGAACACUUUGCCAUCACAAGGCUCAUAUAGUAAAAACUCUUGUCAUCAAAGGCAGAGGCAUUUUUGGGAAAAUCCAAAGAAACUGGGUGGUAAACAACACCGAUAUGCGAGAUGAGGCGUCAAAGUGUUUAACGAACUUAAUUUCUCAUCAUUUGUUAUGCUUGUGGCUUUCAUCUUUAACAGUUUCUCCAACACUGAUGCUUUUCUCUCAGAGACCAACUGCAUGUAUUUCUUUUUUUUUUUUCCCCCCACUGCUACACCACUACAUUUUUGUAUGAAGCAAUCACAGAACUUUCUUGAGCUGUUUAGCUCACUUCUCUCAACAUUUUUUCAUAAUAGUUGUGCCUGUGUCUUGCACUUUUCACUCAGUACAUUUGUGAUCCUUUGUCUGAACUGAGUACAGUUUCCUUUGACAUAGAAUCUAAUGAGCAACAAACUUUGGUUGCCUCAUGGAGGUUCCAAGUGUGAACCAAAGUGGGGUGUGAAUUAGUUUUUCUUCCCUUCCUGAAACAUUUCUUUUCGAUCUGAAAGGAUCUACUUAUUUGUAAUGUCAGCAAGGUUGGGUUUUUACUGUCAUUCUCAGCUGUCUCUUCUCCUCAUGGUGAACAUCAGGUCAAAUAUCUCUCUCCUUUCACCUCAACGUUCUCUCACUAUUGUCAUGUGCUUGCUAAGUCCACUGAGGGCCAGAUGGUCUUAUUGCUUUCACAUGUUUGUCUUACUUUCUCUCUAUGAGUUUAUUGUCUGCCGGUGACCGUGAAUCUGUUGUUAUAUUACGGGUCAGUUCGAGCUGACUUUGACUUCAACGAAAAGCGUGGAAAACUGUCACUGUUUUCUUCUUUAUUUCUGCUCUUUGUACUGUCUGGGAUGGAAGUCAGGGAGGAUAAGGUUUGCCCUUGACCCUGCACACUCUGGUCUAAGGAAAUUGCCUGUUUUAUGAACUGCUUUGAAAGAGUCUUAACCGCUUAUGUUUAUCUAGCUUUGAAUUUUGGAACCCUGUGUGUGUGUGAUACUCAUUGCAGUUGGAAUAAAAUUUGUGUCUUGUGCUUUC